AUGGAACAGGUACCAAUGCGUAUUCCAUUUAUACCGCAAACUAUAAAGGUGAAAUUCUAUUUAAGUAACGAAUCGGCAGACAGGAUUAUUAAACUGAGUGGCAAUCCAGGAUACAAUUGGAAUCUACCCAUUAUAGUUUCGAGUGCUGAGGGUAAUCACACAUUCCACUUUUUCAAUAGAUCUGAGGGAAUACAGAAGAUUUUGAAGUACCCAGACAAUAAGAAAGGGCGUUGUGUGUUGUCAAAUAUUACUUAUAAAGUUGUUCAAUUCGGUGAAAAUAAAAGAAACACGUGCCGAUUUGAACUGAAGCAAAAGAUCGAUCUCAAUAAUGGCACCAGGACAUGCGAAUUUAUACAAAAUCUAAUUAUAUCAUUGUUUGGACUCAACUCAACCCUCUUUGUGUCUCCGUAUGGUAAUCCCCAGCACCUGAACGAUAAAGACUGGAUACCGAUAAAAAUAUUCGACAAAACUCAUAUAUAUGGUGUAUUUAAGAAGAAGAGUUCGCAACUUAUAUGUUAUAAUUUAAUAACGCGUAUCGCUUACACCGUUUCUUAUGCAGUUAAUAGUGUCAACGCCAAAGCUGAGAACAAAAUAUUACACAUAAACAUUGAGGGCACUGCACAAAACGUAACUUUCGAUCUAGAGGACGCGACGACUCCGUUGACGAUCGACACGAACUUCAUAGACACGAGCAGACGCCUAUUCCAGUACGCUGGGCCGCCGCACCUGAACUUGUACUUGCCGAAAAGCUUUUUUCUGCCUUCCAACGGGAACCGUAUUCGGAACGAAAUGUGCCUGACACUUAUCUUAUUACUAUUAAACCCCUUAAUCGAAUCGUAA